GAGCCCAGGUUGAAAAGCAGUGUGUGGUUGAACAAUCAUCAAAGAAUCUUUCAUGCAUGACUUGGUUCUUUGGGAAAAUAUUCUUCUUACACUUCAUUCUUUAUUUCAAAAUGAAGGGUUGAUGUUGCAACUGACUGCUUGGUCCUUUUUAACCUGGAGGCAAUUGAAAGCUGAGCUAAUGCACUUGACUUCCUCUAAUAAAUACUAGAUGUUUGUGUCUCCUGUCCUGUUGAAGAUCCAGUCCUUGUUGAUCUACACUUACACACUGUUUGGAAAUCAUGAAAAGACAAAAUGAUUUAUUACUGUAACAUUUGUGGAAAUAACAUUUCAUUUGACAUCUGCAUUUUGUUGAAGUUGCUAUUUGUUUCAAUGGAAUUCUGUUUCUUAAAAGAAUCAGGGCUCUUCCGGUUACAGUGGAUUUUUGAGUGGAUUAUUUCAUUAAACUAUAUUUUCUUCUUAUCGCAAUAGAUUACGAAUGGGUGAAUUACAAAGAUGUUGGUACAGAUGUUGCCAUUGUGGUAUGGUAGCAAACUUCAUUAUUCUUCAUGGCAACAAAAUCAUGGAUAUAAGACAGAUAACAACUUGCAAUCUUUCAAUGCAGUGGUUAUGUGAUGCAGAUUAAGCAUAGUUUGAACCUUUCUGAAAUAAAUAAUGAGCACCUUGUCAGAGAUAUGGUAGGUGAAGCACCAGGAUUAAAAGUAACAAGUCUGCUUAGCAGUCUCAAAUCUUUGGAUACAGAUAUAGUUUUGCAAGAUGUGGGAGACAUCAAAGUUUUGCUCUUGAAGUUGCGGGACUUGUUAUCAAAGGCUCUUCCAGAUGACUUGUUAGAAGAUGAUGUUCAGUCCAUCCCAAGCUCUGAACAAUCAUCCUCACUAUCAAGCUGUUCACCAGAGUUAUCUCCAAGGCAACACAGGCCACUGCACACCUUACGACCUGGCUGGUCUGCGACUAUGUGAAUGGAAAUGUGAUGUCACAGCUCGUCAGCUUGAGAGUCGCAGACCGGUCACAGACAAAUCACAAGGAAAAUUUCCUUCUGCAGAUGACCAGCAUCAGUGGCUGUAUAAACCUGAUGCUUACCAUCAAGUCUCUACUCCCCAUAUCUGGGGAGGUGCUCCCCCACUCAAGACACCAGCAGGGGUUGCAGGUCCACAUGGAGUCCACCAGGUUGGUCCAUUGAGCAACGGGCAUGGGGAUCCUUCCGAAGGCAGUGAAGACCACACUCCAGAUAACAGUCAAGAUUGGCACUUUGAACACCAUCACAACCGAUUACAGAUCCCUGAACCGCACAACAAGUUCCAUCAAGGACUAAGUCCAACCACUGCUGCUUGGGACGCUGCCAGGAGACAGACAGCAUACGGUGACAAACACCAUAGUGACCUUGACUUGAGUGAACAUGAGGAGAGCCAGCAUUAUGGAGAGGAGGAUGAACAGGAGAAGCAUGUCAACGGGGUCUAUCCGCUGGAGAAUGCAGGCAACAUGCAGCAUGGGCUGCACAUGCCAGCCGAUCAUGACUUUAUCCUAAAUGGCCAUGGAGAAGACAUAGAAGAUUCAGACUAUUAUCUCCAGGAUCAUCAUGACCCUACUGGUGAAGAGGAAGAGCCUUUCAUGGGGGAACGGAGACACAGUCAGCAGUACGAACCACCCAAAUUGGCUAAGACCAAGUCAACAACAAUCAGCAAGGCAGCAGGAUGGAAGGACCUUGAUCACCUCCCACCACGUCAAGAGGAUGGGCAGGUCUUGCGGCAUGCAUGCAGUGAGCCGAACGUUGGAAUGGUGCACUAUCAAAGAAAGAGAGAAAAUGAUAGUGAUGAGGCAAGGAAUGAUACAAGGAGGAUAAUAUCAGAACAGAUGGUGAAUGGUGAUGUUGACUUUCAGCAUCAUGUGGAUCCUUAUCAGACAGAGUACAAUCAUGCAGGAAGCAGAGGUCAAAAUAUAGCUCAACUAGAGAUACUCUACCAGGCUCGGGGGCGUGAGAUAAACAACCUGACAACUCAGCUAGAGGCCUUGCGUGAGGAAAGCACUAGGGAAAAGCGCAUCCUUAAUCAUCAGCUUGCAAUGGCACAAGAUGAGAGAGAUGGUUUAGGUACAACCUAUGGUGAAAGUCAGAAGCUGAUGAAUCAAAUGAAUAAUGAGAACCAUACUCUGAGAGGCCAGCUACAGUCAGCCCAGCAACAGGUCCAGGCUCUCACAGAAGCUAAUCAACAGAUUCAUUCAGAAUUGGACACUGCCAAAGCUACCAUAGAAAGCCUGAAUCGCCAAUUGGUUGAAGUCCAUCGUUCACAGCCACUGCAUAGAGCAAGAGAACAGCAGGAUUCUCUUUUAGUGGGACUUAAACAGAAGUUUUCACAAGAAACGUCCGAACUACGGGAGAAAGUUGAUGCAGCUAACAAGAUGGCAUCUGAAAAGAAUACACUUGUUGAACAGUUAGAAGCAAAACUGCAAGCAUCUCUCAAAGGGGUUGAUCAAGCAAGAAUGGAACAUGCAGAAACAGUUAAUAGACUAACAGCUUCUCUGCAAGACAGCCAGAAGAGAUGCCAAGAGCUUAUAUUACAAGGUUCUUUGCCAGCAGUUCAAGAGCUUCAGGUCAAACUAAAUGAUGCCUGCAAAUCCAAAGCAAUGGCUGAAAAUAUGUGCCAAAUAUUGCAGGAGGAGCUAGCUGACCUGAAAGACCAGAUAAUGCUUUAUGAAGGUGCUGUUGAACUUGGGGUCGUAUCAGGGUCAGGGGUUAAGCAACAUUCUCCACCCACCAUGACCGAUGCAGACAUAGUGAGAAACCUUGCCAAGGAAGACUGGAAAACUCCACUCCCCUCAGGACCUCAGAAAAAAUCUAAGGAGUCUAUGUCUCCUGAAGAGACCCUUGGGAAGCUGAAGGCAGAGCUUGGUCGGUCUCUACAGAGCAUCAGAUCAAAGAGAGAGCAGGUCACCAAGCUCCAGGUGGAGCUCAGGGAGGCAAAGAUAGAGGGACAGAAGUGGAAGGAGAGAGUGGAGGGAGCUGAAGCAAAAGUUGGACAGCUUGAGGCUCAGCGUGAACUACUCACGAACACCUCAUCACAGAACUCAGCUAAAGAAAUAGAUGCUCAUAAAGAACAAUUAGAAGGGUUGAAAUUAGAAGUGGAAUCUAAGACAGUAGCAUACCAGGAACAGGUAGAUGAAGUGGCAGCACUAAAGGCUGAGAUGGCUCAGAUGGUGGCUGAUAGUGAUCAAGAUAAGAAAGAAGCAGUGGAUAGGUGCCAAGCGACAUGUUUGCAGCUCCAUGAGGAUGCAUCACGUAAUAUGAGAGAACAGCUGGUUACUAAGCUACAGACUGAGAAAGAGACUCUUAUUGAAGCUCAUCAGUAUCAGCUUCAAGAACUCAAGAAUGAGAUGACUGAACUAGAGAAUGAACUUCACAAGACUAAGGCCCUCUAUGUAGAGCUGUGUGAUGAGAAGAAAUCACUUGAAGACAAUAUGGAGAAACAGAUCAGUUCUUUACAAGAAAACUCUCUGCAACAGAUGAAAGAAGAGAUGGAGAAAGAAAAGCAGAGUGCCUUGGAUGAACUAAAGUCUUCUAUGGAGGCAAGCCAUAGAGCUGAGAUUGUCCUGUUCUCAGAGAAAAUGAAAAAAGAACAUGAAGAAUCAUUGGAGAAGAUCAGAUUAGAUCAGAAACAGCUUCAAGAAAAGUAUGAAAAAGAAAUGAACUCUGUGAAGAAUGCGCAUGAGGAGCAGAAGAAGAAACUAGAGAAACAAAUUUCUGAGGCUGAGAAAGAAGCUAAGCUUAAUAAAGAGAAAGAAAAUGCUAAAAAAGAUGAAGCUGAUCACAUCAGUAGACUAGGUUGCGAGUUGAAAGACAUACAGCAGAGGUAUGAGGAACUGUUAGAAUCAUUUACCAGUCAAGUUAACACCCAAGUAGAGAAGGCCAAGGAACAGUGGAUGAGACAAGAAAAUCAACGUAGGAUGUCGCUGGAUCGGGUUGCUGCAUCUACCAUAGAACAGAUGAAGGCUGAUCAUGCUCUUCAGUUAGCUGAAUGGCAAGGGAGAUUCACUGAUGAAGAACUACAGGUCAAAGAAAGGAUUGCAGCAGCUGUGAAAGAAGCAAAGGAAAGCUGGACAAAGGAAGAAGAGAAAAGAAGGAGGGAAUCUCUAGAAAAGAAGAGCCACGAAGACAAGGAGCAGGAAGCAAGAUCCAUGAAGGAGCACCAGGAGCUGAAGCAGCAGCUCCAUAGGAUCCAGGAGGCUCUAGGUGUCUCCCAGAGAGAGAGUAAGCAGGUUAGAGCCAAGUAUGCCCAGCUUAAAGGGAGACACCAGCAGGAGGUGAUGGAUCUAAAGCAGGAGCUAAAGUCCUGUCAAGCCAAAUUAGAGCAGGCCGAGAAGACUUUACAACAUGAGCUAGAGCAACUACAAACUGAGAUGAGGGAAGCCAACUCCGUUACCAUGGAAUCAAUGCAGGAGCGUGUGUCAGCCAUCCAACAGAAACAUUCAUUACUGGUAGAAAAGCUGAAAACAGAGUGGGAGGAAGAAAGACGGAAAUUGAAGAGAGAAAAUAAGCAGAAUCAGAAAGAUGUCGAUAGCAUUGCUACUCAGACAAUAUCAAAUGAUGAGUCAUCUAUCAUUGAAGAGCUUAAGAUGCAUUACAUGAAGUCGGUGGAGAAUGUCAGAGCUUCUGCAAUGAGCUAUGUCACUGAUAUGCAGAAGCGAUGUCAAGAAACCCUGAGGACUGCUGUAUUUGAAGAGAGACAAAGAGUGGCAGCAAAGAUGCGCAAGUUCUACACUAGACAGGUUCAGUCCAUGAGGGAUGCUCCCAAAGAAAAUAAAAGAAUGGAAACAUCUAGUUCUUCAUCUGAUCAGCCACCAGUAGAUCAAACUAGGUCGUUACCACUGCCUAAGAACAGGGUGUCAUCCUUGUCCACCCAACAGACUUCAGCUAUUGAACUUGGACCACAUUCUAAAGCCAAUAACAUCCCAUCUAAUCGAGUGAGUAGAAGCGUUCAUCCGGAUGAGACCCCGAGAUCCUCAGUACAUCACUCGAGUAGAAUCAUCACUGAGAAUAGAAAGGUACAACUACAGAACUCUCAAGUGCCUCUGGAUGACAAUCAAGGUACAAGGUUGCAGGAACUGAGAGGUUCAGCAUGGGGAGAUCAGGCUGGCAAAGAGACUCUGGAAAGCAGCAAUGUCUAUCCUUGUCAAGUUGCAAUGGAAAGGGAUGCCCAUGGUUUUCAUCAGUUCACAGAAGAUGAUAUUGGACCAAAUUCCAUAGCCCUUUUGAAAAAUGGAGAUACGAUCGUUAGAACAGAAUCAACUCAUGUUUCAGGAAGACACUCGAAAAGCCCACCAAUGCAAAGACAGUUGCAGCAGCAUCACAGUAACAUUACUGCUAGGAGACGUAGUGAUGGUAACAAGGAUCGCAGUCUGAGACAGGAAAAGCAACUGAAGGUACCUGCAAGAAAACCUGAGAUCCCAUCCACAGUAUCACCUCCAGUUCUUCCAUCUAGCAGAAACACUUCUCAAGAUACAACAGAGUUACAUUAUGCUUCUUUUCAACAGGACACACACUGUUCUACAAAUUCCUGGGUCAAUACCCACAGUGAAGUACCUCCACAAGGAUUAAUGGUACCAACUGAUGCAAAUUUUUCCUUUGAAUCAGAUUAUGCAGAUCUACCUCAGUCGCUCCAUGGCAGCAGAGUGCCAUCUGCUUUGCCACACCAUCCAUUCCUUGACGAAAACUUUUCCAGAAAUGUGCCUUUACCGAGAAGAUUAGUUGAGCUCCAACAUGGGUUGACACAGACCCAUCCUGUCAGAGACUCAAGCAGACAGAAUGUGUAUCAUAUCCAAGAGUCUGCAAGGGGACAACUCAGCCAGGAAGCCACAAUAAAGAUGUCUAAAGUUGUUGUAAAAGACAUAAAAACAGUGAAUGAAGACAGUGGUAUCAAUAGCCCUGCCUAUGUGCAGCCUUAGGCCAAGUCACUUGGUAGCACAGAUACCACUACAAAAUUUUCAUGUGUGCCAAAAGUAGUAGCGUGUGCCUGUUCUUACAUUGAAAUUCAGAUGCAGUGGAAAUUUAGCGAAAUGAGUUCCUUAGGAUUUUCACAGUUAGUUACAUUGUCAAAAACAUUGUUUUAACAGGUUUUGGAAACUAGUAGAAUAUUUAGUACUCCAACCACCCGGGGGGGGGGGGGGGGCAGUCAAAUAUUUUGCUGUACACACGCGUGACCAAAAAAUGCGUUUAAAGGGACGUUUUUUCAGUUUUGGACGCGGUCCGCGCGUGCACUCGUCAAGGGUUUCAAAAACACUGAUUUUCACGAACAAGGCAAGAGCGAUUUUGUGUCUCGCCCAUUUGUGAAAAUGACCAGAAAUAUCGUAAUUUGCGAGGGAACGCAACAGAAUUGUAUCGAAACUUCAUUGUGAAAUGACUGGGAUGAUAACACUUGUCAUAAGAGCAUUUCACAUAG